AUGGCUUUCUAUAAUUGCAUUAAUCUUGAAGAAUUGAAGAUUCCUGCGACAUUGACUGAUGUUUCCACUUCUGUCUUUUAUAACUGCAUGAAACUGAAAUUAGAUGUAAAAGACAAUAUACAUAUUGGUUAUGCAGACAAUAUGCUGCUUACUAAUCAAAGGAAGUCUUUAUCCGAUUACUUUGGUAAUGAUCCAAACAAAGAUCUGGUAAUUCCAGAUGGCGUGGAAACUGUUGGCUAUUCAAUAUUUAAAGAAAAACAAUUAAGAUCUGUAUUAUUUAAUGGUCGAACUCUGACUUCAAUUUCUCCAUCGGCAUUCUAUAAAUGUACAUUAGAGAGUGUCACUCUUUCAGCAAACUUAAAUUUCAUUGGAAAAAGGUGCUUCCAAGAAUGUCCAAAUCUGAAAAGAGUCGAGUUUUCAAAUAAUCAAGUACUCACAGCUAUUCCUAAGUACUGUUUCUAUAAUUGCCCUCAAUUAACUAAUAUCGUAUUACCAUCUUCAAUAACAACUAUAAAUGAGUAUGCUUUUGGAAGCUGUCCUAAUAUAAAUGAAAUCGGAUUGUCUGCUACACAAAUUCAAACAAUUGGUACUUUUGCUUUUGCUGAUAGCAGUAUUGCUAAUUGUGACAAUGGAAAGAACUUGCUGUCAUUAGAUUAUGGUGCAUUUAUUAACAGCAAAGUACAAUCAGUAACUAUUAGUACUAGAUCUAUUUCCGAAAAAUGUUUCUAUAAUUGCUUUUAUCUUACAUCUGUUACCUUGGACAAUAAUAUUGAUUCAAUUGAAGCUUCUGCAUUUGAGGGGUGUUUGUUAUUGCGAGAAUUUGUUAUUCCAAGCAGUUUAACAGUGAUUAAAUCUUUUGCAUUUAGAAGUUGUGAAUCUUUAUACAAAGUUUCCCUUUCAUUGAACAGUGUUCUCUCCGAAAUUUAUGGUGGAGCAUUCAUUAGAUGCCCUUUACUUGUAUCAAUAAAACUAGACCAAAGUGAUUCAUCAUAUAGAUUUUCCAAUGGCGCUUUGACAAAUCAUGAAGAAACAAAAUUAAUAACAUUCCUUCCAUCAAGUCCAAUUGAUACAUAUGUUGUUCCAAUGACAACGACAUCAAUUGGAAACUAUGCAUUUAUGUCAUGCACACAUUUAGUUAGAAUUCUUUUUAGCGGAAAUAAUAUUCAAUCAAUUGGUCGAGAGUCAUUCAAGGAUUGCUCGAAAUUAGCAUUUCUAUUCAUAACAAGUACAAGUUUGUCAACAAUUGGGGAUUGUGCUUUCGAUAAUUCGCCAUUACUCAGAAAAUGCGGUGCAGUUCGUUGUGAUUCUUCAAAAACAGAUCUAUUUAUUCAAAGAAAUAUCCCUGAAAUUUCAUUUAGAAUGAAUUGCAGCAAUACUCAAAUUACUUGCUUGCAACAGCCAGUUUCAUCUACCCAUGUUUCCAUUUUAUUAAUAUCACCUUUUAUUCUCAUGUAA